GACCCGGGUGUGGGCAGCCAGGUUACCCCAGCCACCCCGGGGUGCUCCCUUUUAGGUGGAAUGGCUGAGCAAGCGGCGCUAGGACCCCCGGAGAGUGACAGAUUCAGGGGAAAUGCCUCACAUAGUUCCCCCAGGUCACCAUCUGAUCUCGCGGCCCAAAAUAGCCGCUGGCGCCUGCUGGCCUGCCUCAGGGCGGGGAGAUGGCUGCUGCCUCCGAGCCGGUGCUGUCCGGUGCACCCUGGGCACCCGCGCGCCCAGAACCCCCUCCCACUCGGUUCCACCGGGUGCACGGUGCCAACAUCCGCGUCGACCCCUCUGGGACGCGGGCCACGCGCGUGGAGAGCUUCGCCCACGGCGUGUGCUUCAGUCGCGAGCCGCUGGCCCCGGGCCAGGUGUUCCUGGUGGAGAUCGAGGAGAAAGAGCUGGGCUGGUGCGGGCAUCUGCGCCUCGGCCUGACUGCGCUGGACCCGGCUAGUCUGGCUGCAGUGCCUGAGUUUUCGCUGCCGGACCUGGUCAGCCUCGGCCACACCUGGGUCUUCGCCAUCACGCGCCACCACAACCGCGUGCCUCGGGAAGGCCGCCCAGAGUCGGAGGCAGUGGCCCCCAGCCGACCCCCGGCCCUCCUGAUGGAACCGUAUCUGUGCAUCGAGCAGUUCCGAAUUCCGCGGGACCGCCUAGUGGGCCGCAGCCGGCCAGGGCUCUACAGCCACCUCUUGGACCAGCUCUAUGAGUUGAACGUGCUGCCUCCCACUGCGCGCCGCAGCCGCCUGGGCGUUCUCUUCUGCCCGCGCCCAGAUGGCACGGCCGACAUGCACAUCGUCAUCAACGGCGAGGACAUGGGCCCCAGCGCCCGGGGGCUGCCAGCUGCCCAGCCUCUCUACGCAGUGGUGGAUGUGUUCGCCUCCACUAAGAGCGUGCGCCUGGUCCAGCUCGAGUAUGGCUUGCCAUCCCUGCAGACUCUGUGCCGCCUGGUGAUCCAGAGGAGUGUGGUGCACCGGCUGGCCAUUGAUGGGCUGCACCUGCCCAAAGGACUCAAGGAUUUCUGCAAGUAUGAGUGAAGCCUGCCACCGCCCUGGAGGGGGGCCGCAGGAGUGCAUCCUGGCCCCAGAGCAGUGGCCAGUCUGAAGCUGGCUACACCGCUGCUAGCCAGGACCAGAAAUAAACAGCUGGUGCGGACUCUGAUCACUGGAGGGUGUCCUUGCCCUGCAGCCUGUGAGGGGCACUUCUCUUAGAAUCACUGCGGGUCAGCGGGUCAGAGCGAGAGAGAGCAUUUUAGAUCUCAUGUAGGGUAACGGUUCCUGGCCUGGUACUCAUUAGAAUUAUCUGGGAUACUAACAGAAUGUCUCUGGAGAUUCUCAUUUGAUUUGUUGAGCGAUGAGACCAGACAUUGCUUUUUUUUUUAAAUUAAAAAAUUUGUAUGUGUUAUAGGGCAUGUG